GGCGGUUGUGAUGACGUCGUUGAGUGGUGAAGUGAACACGAGCAAGUUGAAGUUUAGCGUGGAGAGUAUCCUGGGGAACGUUGGGUCGGGGGAGCCCAGGGGGGCGGAGGCGCCGCGGGCGCAGGAGCCGCCGUGCGCUGGUUGCGUGGCGGCGCUGUACCGCUGCUGUGGGGAUGAACCGCUGCUGCCGCUGCCGCUGCCCCUGCCCUAUGCGCAUUUGCACCCUGCCUUGAGGCCUACGACCGUUUACCGGCUACCCCUACCCACAUCGUCGCCACCUCAGCAACCCCCAGCAUCACGAUGUGACGUCACUUCGAGCGGCAAGCGCAAACGCUCGUGGUCUCGAGCGGUCUUCAGCAACCUGCAGAGGAAAGGGCUGGAGAGGCGCUUCCAAAUACAGAAGUACAUCACUAAGCCGGACCGGAGGCAGUUGGCGGCGACCUUAGGACUCACUGAUGCUCAAGUCAAGGUGUGGUUCCAGAAUCGUCGCAUGAAAUGGCGGCAUACAAAGGAGGGCCGCGGUGGCGCGGGAGGACCGCCAUUACCGCGCGCGCCCGACGAAGACGACAACGAACACGUCGACGUAGAUACGCUUAGCGAUUGAACGUUACGACUUUACGAAAGACUUUGAUUAUGGAUCUAGGAUAGGGCUAAGCCACAUUAUCCUGUUGCCAGACGGCAAAAAAUAACCCAGGACAUGAGGUUAGACAGUGAA